CCACCCCACACCAGAUAAGGCCAGCAGGGACUGCUUCACUGGGCAACAAGUACUAGAGCAGGAAUGGGGCGGCCUAGCUCCCCAUUGCAGUGGGUGCUGCUGCUGCUGGGGCUGCUGCUCCCCCCUGCUACCCCCUUCUGGCUUCUCAAUGUGCUCUUCCCCCCGCACACCACGCCCAAGGCUGAGUUCAGUAACCAUACACGGCCCGUCAUCAUCGUGCCUGGCUGCCUGGGGAAUCAACUGGAAGCCAAACUGGAUAAACCAGAUGUGGUGAAUUGGAUGUGCUACCGCAAGACAGAGGACUUCUUCACCAUCUGGCUGGAUCUCAACAUUUUCCUACCCCUUGGGGUAGACUGCUGGAUUGAUAACACCAGGGUUAUCUACAACCACACCACUGGGUACUUAUCCAAUGCUCCUGGAGUAGAGAUCCGCGUCCCUGGCUUUGGCAAGACCUACUCUAUUGAGUACCUGGACAAGAACAAAUUGGCAGGUGUGUGUAUUAAGAGACAGGCAGACUUCAGGCUGCGGUGGGCUCUCAGAAGCCACGACAUGAACUCCCAAUGGUGCUGCCUCCCCACAGGUUACAUGCACACACUGGUGCAGAAUCUGGUCAACAACGGGUAUGUGCGGGAUGAGACGGUGCGAGCUGCCCCCUACGACUGGCGGCUGGAGCCCAACCAGCAAGAAGAGUACUACAGUAAGCUCGCUGGGCUGGUGGAGGACAUGUACGAUGCUUAUGGGAAGCCUGUCUUCCUCAUUGGGCAUAGCCUCGGCAGCCUGCACUUGCUCUACUUCCUGCUGCACCAGCCCCAGUCUUGGAAAGAUCGCUUCAUCGAUGGUUUCAUAUCUCUUGGGGCUCCCUGGGGUGGCUCCAUCAAGUCUUUGAAGAUCAUGGCCUCAGGUGACAACAAUGGCAUUCCAAUCCUGUCCAGCAUCAAGUUAAAAGGGAAGCAGCGUAUGAUAACCAUUUCCCCAUGGAUGAUUCCCUCCCUCCAGACAUGGCCUGAGGACCAUGUUUUUGUUUCCACACCCACCUUCAACUACACAGCUCGUGACUUCCAGCGCUUCUUUGCAGACCUGAACUUGGAGGAGGGCUGGUACAUGUGGCUCCAGUCACGCCACCUACUGGCAGGCCUUCCUGCACCUGGUGUAGAAACAUACUGUCUGUAUGGUGUGGGUAGGCCCACGCCCAGCACCUAUAUCUAUGACAAUGGCUUCCCCUACACAGACCCUGUGGAUGUGCUUUAUGAGGACGGUGAUGACAGUGUGGCCACACGCAGCACUGAGCUCUGUGCCAACUGGCAGAACCAGCAGCCACAGCCAGUGCACUUGCUGCCUCUCCAUGGGAUGGAGCACCUCAACUUGGUUUUCAGCAACCAGACACUGGAGCACAUCAAUGCCAUUCUGCUGGGCACCUACCGCAAUGGCACCCCUACUCCCAGGGCCCCUACCCCAUGAAUAAAGACCUUCCUCUGCUAUAUAA